UUCGCUGUGUUAUUUCUUUGGAGUGACACGAGGCACUGCCAGUCAAUGUCGACCGCGCGCGGCCAGUUCUUUUUAAUAACGACCAAUUGAGCUGUAAAGGCCAUAUGGAGGCGGCUAUCACCAAUCGUGUUUCUUCUCAUAGUGGUAUGCUCUCUGCUCAGCCGAAUAUCGCCGUCACUUCACCCUUUACAGGCCUUCAGCAAUCCCAGGACAAAUUGCCACCGGCUUAUGAAGAAGCUCAUUUAGCUGUACAAAGUCUUGACUCGGAGAAAAAUGCCAUUUAUAGACAUCCCUUGUUCCCGUUACUAGCCAUGUUGCUUGAGAAGUGCGAGAUUGCAACUCAAACCAGUGAAUGUCCGACUUCGGUUACCUUUGACAACGACAUAAAGAAUUAUAUUAUACAGCACAACAGAGACGGGAAACCUUUCUUUACUGAUGACCAAGAGCUGGACAAUUUGAUCGUAAAGGCUAUCCAAGUGUUUCGUAUUCAUCUGUUGGAACUUGAAAAAGUGAAUGAAUUAUGUAAGGAUUUUUGCCAGAGAUAUAUUGCCUGUCUAAAGGGGAAAAUGCAGAGUGACAACCUACUUCGAAGCCCCUUGUCAAGCUCGUAUCCCACACAGAUUCCUAGUGGUAUUUCCCAGGCAUUCCAGCAACUUCCAACAACGUCUCCACCUCAACACAUAUUUCUACAACAGCCGCAGCAGCAGCAGCAACAGCCACAGACGCCACAACUAACAGACCAACAAGUUACUUUCUUCACAACUUCUGGUACCCCCUGUUCUGUAGCCAUAGCAACACCACCAAGUGGUAGCGUUAUAAGCCAACCUGUUCAACAAGUUGCCAGCACAGCAUACAUCCAGCAACAACCAACUCAGCCCAUUGCCGUCUCCUCUACUCCUACCCCACCAUCACCUGUCUCUCAAACUGGACAAACAUUUGUGUUAACGCAGUUGCCUUCGACAGAAACUCCAUACAGCAUGUGCUCCACAGCAACAACACCUGUAACUACCUCACCUACCACUCCGACAAGCUCCAUCAGUGCUGGAUCCCCAUUAGAGAUCACUGUGCCGACUCCRAUUCCACUCCCAAGUCUUGAUCUUGACUCUCCUACUGAAACAACUGAGAGAAAAAAGACAAAAAGAGGAGUUCUACCCAAACAGGCAACAAAUAUCAUGAAACAAUGGCUCUUCUCACAUUUAAUGCAUCCUUACCCUACAGAAGAUGAAAAAAGAAGCAUUUCAUUACAGACCAACUUGACUAUUCUUCAAGUCAAUAACUGGUUUAUCAAUGCAAGAAGGCGUAUCUUACAACCUAUGCUCGAUGCGGGGAACCCAGAUGCCCACAAGGCAAAGAAAUCAAAAAUCCAGAGUCGUCCUGCUCAAAGAUUUUGGCCAGAAUCUCUUGUUCAACAGUAUAGGACUGUUCCAAUUGCCCCCAAUCACUUAGCAGGUCAAGUCAUACCUAAUGCAGUUGUACAGACUGUGCCAACAGGUAGCAUACCAGUGCAGACGCUAGUUAACUCUGGUGGUAUUAUCCCUGGGGCUGUGCAAUUACCUCCAAAUUUCACCCUACAACAGGGAAAUAUUGUAAUUGUAACCUUACCUCCAAGUGCAAGUACAAUUUAUACUGUUACCAACUCCACAAGCACCCAGUCGGCACAAACAACAAACACAUCAUCUACUGCCACAACCCAUGUUGAAACUACCUCGACAGAAAACCUUGUUCCUAUACUGAGUACUAUACAACAAGAGAGUCCUGCCGUCCAUGGUUCUCCAUUGCCAACUAUGGUACACAACGGAAUUGUUUCAAGAGGAGAGUACCAAAUCGUUGGUUCACCUCAUGCAAUAACCGCAGGAUCAACGCCAACAUCUGGGGAUACCAUUGUGCACACUUUAUCUAUGGAGAGUAGUGAGGUAGCCUCAAGAAUGGGGAAUUGAUUGCCAUAGUAAUUUAUGGUUUUAGUGAGAGUUUUUUAGACCUGUUAACUUAAAAAGUAAUGUCCUUGGAAAUUCUUUGCUUAGUUCCAAAAAAUCUCCGUUUAUUUAAAAGUAAAAGGGAUUUUAAACUUCCAACUUCUGGAUUUUCCCUAUCCUACAUGAAAAUAAUGGCAGGUCAAUAAUUGACAAUGCCUGGCCAAAAAAUGCACUUGUCUGGUCAAAUGCCUCUUGGGCCAGUCAGUCCUUGACUGGUCACGUGUUGUCAGACUAGUCUGAUGUAGCAUGUCAUAGUGUCUGGCCAUUGAGCAAGUGUUUUAUUUAGUCCUGCUCCAAUCUUACAUCUCUUCUUGGCAUUUUGGGUGGAGCUGGGGGGAAGGAGUACAUAUAGUUAUGUUAUAGAACUAUUCGGUAUAACUGAAUCACGUUCUCAUUACCUCUUCUUAGGAUUACUUUUAAACUUUUUUAACAAGUUUAAUUUUUAUUCUUUGUGCCUAUAUUGUGGCUGAAUCCAUAUGAUCUUAAAACUUUCCCCAUGAAAUGGCUACUUUAUAAGAGGAAAAAAAAAAGAUUUAACUUUUAAUAUUUGAUCUGGUAGAAAAAAAUCCAUCCUGAAGAUAUUGGGUUGAGGUAGCUUUGAAGUAGGAACAGAUUAGAAAUGUUUUUGGAAUUAUAUAUAGGAAAGCUUUGAUUAAUCUUAAGUUAUAUACUGUAAAAGACAUUUUGCUAUUAAUGUGUUGGUCUGAAAUAUGCUGAUUUCCAUACCCUUUUCUGCCACACCAUGAAGAGAGAGACUGGGCUAACUAUUUCCUAAGUUUUCUAUAUUUCAUCCCUCCAAACCAUUCCCUUGAGGGGUAUGGUUAUAUUUUACACCUUAAUAUUCCCAUAAUUAAUAACAUUAUUAGUUGGUGUUAAAAAAAACAUGAAGUAAAGUUUAAGUUUUUACAGUUUACAGGGCUGAAGAUAACGACCAGUUAUCAGACAAUGUCCAGCCCAAGUAAUUGGAACUUGUCUGGUCAAAUGUUUGCCCUGGCUGUCGUUUUGACCAGUAACGUUGAGCCAAGCCACAAACGAGGUAUGACCGAGCUCAAACUAAUUUGGCCUGUGAACAUGGCUGACAACUGACCCGUCGUUAUUGUAAGCCCUGGUUUAGCAGUAAUUUAUAAGCGACUUUGAUAGUACGUGAGAUGGUAUAAUUGUAAAGGAGUCGCAAUGUGUAGAGUAUGUAUUGAGGUGUAUAAAUCAUUGGGGUUAAUUAGUCAUGAUAUUGACCCCUCUACCAGUYGAUAACAGUAGUAGAGGUUGGCAAUGUCUAGACUAUCAUGUGAUAUAAGAAGCUGUACAUGUAUGAGUAGAUAUAUCAAAUAUAUCUACAUGUUGUAUAUAAAUAUAUAUAUCAGGCAUUAUGCAUGCUAUUAAUUGUUUUAAAUUAAAAGUAUAUCACCAGACAUUAUUUUGAGAUAGUAAAUUUCAUUUUAUCGUUGUUUUUAUAGAUGAAAAAUUUUUAAUGAU